CUCUAUCGUAAAUGUUGGUCCUUCUAGCAGGCUCUCUCCGGAUACCUGCUUUCUAUCUGUGUGCCACAGCUAACCAAUGUUUGCCUUUAUUCUCGUGCCCUGCCUCAGAUGUUGCUUGCAUCGACGGAGGCGUUUCACUUUUCUCUCAUUCCGUCCUUCCCUAUCAUACUUGGUCGUGUGUAAGGUAUUCGGACACCUAGGCGUUAGAGGUACCCCUACGAGUAAAUCCUCUGGUUGGGUCCCUCCGGUGGGACGUCAUGCACCUCUUCUCGCCUUAUUCUUCUCUCCCUGUCAAAUAUGAUAGGACCGCUCCGGCCCCUGCGUGCACCGUGUCAGGAGGGUGCUUGCUGGCUGACCAGUGUCACAUGCAAGAAAGGGGGGAAAUGGGGGCUCGUUUCCUCCUCAGGGCGAAUGUUUAUCGAAAUCUCCAAACAUCUUUACACCAUAAUAUAAUCUCGAUACAAUCCUUAACCCGAGUCUCAUCAAUUUUUCUCCUCUAUCCAUGUCUUCUUCCGCGGUCAUCAGGGAUAAAACCCCUAUAUUGACUGCUUUCCUCCUUCCUCUCCUCCAUGCUCAUGCGCAUGCUCCUGCCGAUCCGACCGCCUCUUCCCCGCCCUUCUUCCUCGGUAUUUCGGGCCCGCAGGGGUCUGGAAAAUCCACCCUCGUGACUGCCCUUGCCGCUGCUCUCCGGACCUACCCGCAUUCAUUAAACGUAGUUGUUUUCUCCGCUGACGAUAUUUAUCUCACAAAUGCCGACCAAGUUGCACUGCGCGAGCUCUAUCCCGAUAAUAAGCUGGUUCGGCAUCGAGGCGAGCCCGGGACUCAUGACAUAGAAUUGGCCAAGAACGUUUUUCGCUCCCUUCAUGAUCAGCGGGGGACCAAGGUUCCCUCCUAUGAUAAGUCUGCCUUCGAGGGGCAAGGUGAUAGGGCUGAUGAGGCCUCCUGGGAAGCGGUCGAUGGCCCCUACGACCUGGUCAUAUUUGAAGGCUGGUGUGUAGGCUUCCGGCCUCUCCCAGAUGGCGUUGUGGAGGAAGCGUGGAAUAAGGGCAGGACGUCAGGGAGAGGAACCCUGGGGAGACAUUCGCUUGAGCACCUUUUGUUUGUCAACACCAAGUUAAAGGAUUAUGACACGAUAACUGAGUAAAGCCCCUCAAUUCAUGCGGACAAUAGGCAGUCUCUGACAUGGAGUAUACUGAUGGUGGGUUUAGCUCGCUGAAUGCUCUGAUUCAUAUGUGAGUUCUUUCCACUUGAUGCGGACUUGGGACCUUUGUAGAGUAUUAAUUACAGGUGAGCAAAAGUGAUGCCGAAGAUAUAUCUUGUGUUUACGACUGGCGUACCCAACAAGAACAUGACCUGAUUUCGGCUCGCGGUUCCGGAAUGACAGACGAUCAGGUAAUUGAGUUUGUGAACGGCUGUGCGGUGCCCUCCCCUAGCUCAUCCUACUUUUGUUAACACUUGCCACUAGACAUGCCUGCGUAUGAGCUUUACAUCGAUAACUUGCGACGAGGUUCUUUUGGGGCGAAGGGCAAACAGCUGAGAGUGGUGAUUGGGAAAGACAGAAAUAUCGUUAGAAUUGCGAAUCUUUAGGCUCGUCUCUAAGCGGCCAUGAGAGGUCCAAGGUCUUUUGUUACGCAGUUUCUUCAACGAAGCGCAGCCUGUUACGGCGUUGCGAGGGUGGCAGCAUGGAAAGCGGGAGUGUGCUUGUACCGAGACAAGACCUAGCCUGAUUUGCCCUCAGAAGAGAAAGAAGCCUGCCAGUAUGAUAGUCUUUUGUCGUUCUUGAUCUCGAGUUGGUGUGGUGGUUGUGUAUGAGGGCUGAGAGGAGCGACGGAUGCUUACAGCCGAGAGGGUAGCCGGUGCCUCCGCUCUUGCGACUCGAAAGUCUCGCGACGCCGGAACGCACCGUACCCAGAUGUGCUUGGUAGCCGAAUAAUUCGCUCGCACCUUGAAGGUCUUUGGUUGCUACGAAAGACAAGUGUGUGCCGGAAUUCUGUCAAGAUGCGAGUGAUAUGUGGUGAUUCUAGUGGGAGAAUGCGGACUUCCAUAGGGGGAAUCUGCAGAUAGUCAGACCAAAGGCUUUCCUAAAAGCCGUCUAUGAUACUCCCCAUAACCUAUCUUAUGAUACCGGUAUCUCUAUCUGGUGGGGUGUAUGGACACCAAAGCGGCUCUAAAGAUUGAACCCUUAACUUAAUGCGCGACGGUCAGUGUUUCUCACGGUGCUUAUGAAAGCCUCGUGAUCAUAUCACAGGCGCGUCCGUAACCCUUGACCCCAUCGAGAUUUGUGGGAG